AUGGGUGGCUCACGAACUAGAUUUGCUGCUGGACUGUUCCAGUCUGUAGAGAUUGUACCAGGCAAUAUCUGCCAAUGUGAUGAAAAUACCAAUCAUAUUGACAAAGUUGAGCUGGUCACCGAAGAUCAACCAUCCAAGGAAAAUGGUAAUAAGCUCUCUCACAAUACCGGCGAUGGACAGAGUGAGGAGUGGGGCAUAUUGAAGGAUGAUGAACUGAGAAAGUGUCAUACAGAAUGCCAAGAAUCCAGGGAAGAGCAACAAAACGCAUGUUCCAAAGACACCGUAAGUUUCCCAAACUUGGGAACCAAGGAAAUUGCCAACACCUUCGACUUGCGAGCCCAUGAAGAUCAACGAAAUGCACAUGGCAGGACUGAGAUAGAAGAUAGUCAAAAUUGGGUUCUUCGUGUAUCUAUUUCCACGGAGAACGAUCUGGGUCAAAGCCCAUCUGAGUCCCGACAUACAGGAAGCCAAGAGAACGAGGAAGCAUCCAACAAUCAAGGCAGAAGCGGUGAACUUGUUGAAAGUCUCGGAUGCCUUCGCAGUGGCGCCGGCAAAUCUGGAAGAAGAAGCCGUGUCUGUGACAGGCUCGUCGUUGGAAACAGCCGACAAUGGAACGAGUCCAUCGUUGUCCUCUCUAACACCCAAAUAAGCCACAGCAGCUCUCUUGACCAGCAAUCUCACAAGCUUGACCUUCAUCUCCUCGGCCUCCUCCUCAACAGGAGUGGUCUCUCCUUCAGUUGUAGGCUCACCUUGACCAUACACCAUCAUCAUCACCGAGCCGGUCAUAAUGAAGGUAAUGAGGCACAGCUUCAUUGUAACUUUUUCAAGUCUAAGCACAAAGCCCCAGAACAGAGUGAAAAUCAACACUGCCGAGGACUUCAGCAUGGUGUAGAGCGAAAUGGUGAUAUACUUCAAUGA